AUGGCAGCGGUGAGAGGUUUUAAUAUCGUCCACGCCCUUUUCUUAGUUCUUGCUUGGGAGUGUUGUGCGAGGUUGGGUGCCACUUUCAACGAUGUCACUGGUGUUAUAGGUCAAGGCCGAAACCAUCGGUUUUCUUUCCGUUCAUUUGGUGAUCAUUAUAUUGGAAUCUCGAAAUUCGACCAUACCGCCAUCCAGAGUUCAGAAGUGAGUGUCGACGACAAAGCUUCAUCUUUUCGUAAUGAAAUUAAGAAAGGUGGCGCUGCAUUUGUUGGUCGUGAAGUACCAAAGAUCAAUGGCGGUGGUGGGUUUUCUAAGGGUCAUGAAAUUAUUAGGAAGAGGGGUGGAAACAUUGUUUAUUCUUAUGGUGGAAAAAUUCUUCCUGUUGGUUUGAAGAGAAGUGGCAAUGGUGGAGAAACCAGCUCCAAGGAGCUGGGAGCUGAUGUUUUGGAUGGCAGCAACAUUCGUUUGAAAAGUAGUGCCAAUGUUGUCGACAGCAGCUCCAAAGAUCUGGGAGCUGCUGAUUUGGAUGGUGGAAAGAUUGAUUUGAAGAGUAGUGGCAAUGAUGUGGGUUCUCAUAGUGGAGGAAUCAGCUCCAAUAAUCUGGGAGCUGCUGCUUCGGAUGGUGGACACAUCAGCUUCAAUGAUCUGGGAGCUGCUGCUUCGGAUGGUGGACACACCAGCUCCAAUGAUCUGGGAGCUGCUGGUUCGGAUGGUGGACACACCAUCUCCAAUGAUCUUGGAGCUGCUGGUUCGGAUGGUGGACACACCAGCUCCAAUGAUCUUGGAGCUGCUAAUUCUGGAGGUGAAACCAUUACCUUCAAGAGUAGUGUCAAUAUUGUUGGCUUUUAUAGUGGAGAAAUCAGCCCCAAUGAACUGGGAGCUGCUGUUUCAGAUGGUGGAAACAUCAACUCCAAUGAUCUGGGAGCUGCUGAUUCUGAUGGUGUCGGCUCUCAUAGUGGAGAAAUCAGCUCCAAUGAACUGGGAGCUGCUGGUUCGGAUGGUGGCAACGUUAGUUUAAAUAACAGUGGCAAUAUCAUUGCUCCUCGUAGUGGAGAAUUCAGUUCGAAGAACAACGAAAGUGUUGUCUCAAAUGGUGGCAAAAUUGGUUUGAAGUCGGUUGCCAAUGUCGAGUCUCAUGGCCUUGCAACUACGACCAGUAAUGGCACUGUGGCUGCUACUCAGUGA